UAAUUAUCGCCGUGAUCUGUCACGUGCAAUAAAAUGUGAUGGUGAUGCAGAAUCUGGAAACUCGUCUCGCAAAAACAAACAGGAAUUGGAAAAAAAAAAUCCUCUGCAUGUUGUUGAAUCCAAAGAACACAUCAAUUCUUCAGAGCUUUUACAGCUUUACAAUGAGUUAAAGGAGGGUGCAUCAAUUUCAAUGACAUCGUCUUCGUCGAUGAUACCAAUUUCUUUUCCAAUCACAUCGUCGCUUAAUGAUACAGAAGAUCAGGAUGAAAUUCCCCUUAAUUUGUAUUCAUUUUUGAUGAAUCUGAGGUCGCUUCUGGAAGCAAAUAAUGUAUCGCAUCAUGUGAAUCAAUCGUCGAUUAUGAUGACGUCGGCUCCCGAACGUUCUGGUUUCCCAUUAACCACUUACUCGUACUACAAUCCUUAUGAUUUUUAUUUGCCAAUAGAUGAAGCGAACACAACAACACCAACGGAUGAUGUUAGUUUCGGCAACUUCAGUGACUGA